CACACCUCAAAAUAAAUUUGGUAACAUCGAUAAAUUCGAUAAUCGAUACAAUGUCGAUGCAUCUCAAAUACCGGUACCAAAGUUGCUUUGGUCACACCCAUGCCACCUUCCUCUGAAAGGAAUCACAAAAGGACGCCUCAGAAUUUCAUAUCCGGGUCGAAUUAGGAAACCACCCCACACAUGCAGAAGCAACUUUAAGACUGAGCAGCCAAAGGAGUGAACAUUUAAACAACUCAUAUAUUAUCAUCUUUCCCUCUUGCACACAGUUCUUUCUGCAGCAUUCUCAUCAGUUAACUUGAAGGAAAAGAAAACAAUGGAUCAGAACAACAAGCUCAGCCAAAGAUCAGUAGCAGCCUGGAUGACAAUUCUAUGGCUGCUUACCAUCAGAAUCACAGCCACUGCAGCACAUAGAAUGUUAGGAGAUGAAACUGAAGAAGUGCAGAAAGAAAUUAGACAAGAUCAGUUCCUGACAAGAAUGGUUCAUUUCCUGUGGCAGAGUGGCAAGUCCUCUUAUGAGCCUGUCUGGCCUGAAAUGGAGUUUGGAUGGAAGAUUGUGGUAGGAACAGUAGUAGGCUUCUUUGGAGCUGCAUUUGGCAGCGUUGGGGGAGUUGGAGGUGGUGGCAUCUUUGUUCCCAUGCUUACAUUGAUCGUCGGCUUCGAUCCCAAGUCUUCAACUGCCAUUUCCAAGUGCAUGAUAACGGGCGCUGCUGGAUCAACAGUUUACUACAACCUGAGACUGAGGCAUCCGACGCUGGACAUGCCACUCAUUGACUACGACCUUGCCCUCCUGUUUCAGCCGAUGCUGAUGCUUGGGAUCAGCAUCGGUGUCGCGUUCAAUGUCAUGUUUGCUGACUGGAUGGUCACUGUUCUCCUCAUCAUUCUCUUCAUAGGUACAUCAACAAAGGCUUUAUCCAAAGGCAUAGAGACAUGGAAGAAGGAAACAAUGAUGAAGGAAGCUGCCAGGCAGAUGGAAUCACAACCCAAAACAGAUCAUGAUGAUCAUGGCAAUGGUGGUGAACAAGACUAUAAGAGGCUGCCAAGUGGGCCAGCAGCUCUCCAUGAUAACGAUGAUGAGGUUUCCUUAUCACAGAACAUACACUGGAAAGAGAUGGCAAUGCUGGUUUAUGUCUGGGUGGGAUUCCUUUUAGUUCAACUAGUUAAGACAUAUGUUCCAACUUGCUCUGUCACAUACUGGAUCUUGAAUGCCUUGCAGGUACCAAUUGCAGUGUCUGUGUCAGUGUAUGAAGCGGUGUGGCUGUGGAAAGGGAAAAGGGUGAUAGCUUCCAGAGGGAAGCAAAUCACCAACUGGAAGCUGCAUCAGCUGUUGCUGUACUGUUGCUGUGGGAUAGUGGCUGGGAUGGUUGGUGGCCUCCUUGGCCUUGGUGGUGGCUUCAUCUUGGGGCCUCUUUUCCUUGAACUUGGUAUCCCUCCUCAGGUGGCAAGUGCAACAUCAACCUUUGCAAUGGUGUUCUCAUCUUCAAUGUCUGUAGUCCAGUACUACCUCCUCAAACGCUUCCCUAUCCCCUAUGCUGCUUAUUUCGUGGUGGUAUCGACCAUUGCUGCUCUGGCUGGGCAACAUGUGGUGAGAAAGAUCAUUGCAGUUCUUGGGAGGGCUUCAAUCAUCAUCUUCAUCCUUGCUUUGACCAUUUUCCUCAGUGCAAUCACCCUAGGAGGGGUAGGGAUAGUCAACAUGGUUGAGAAGCUGGAGAAGAGAGAAUACAUGGGGUUUGAGAACUUCUGCCGCCAUUGAUCUCAAGAUUCGAGGAUGUUGCAAAACUGUUGUCUUGUGCGAGUCAAGCUGCUAAAUAGUGUAUUUGAGUUUGGUUAUUGUUCUUCUUCGCCAUAAUAUUAUGUACGAAUAAUUAUGAAGCUUCUAAAUCUUUAUUUUGAACUUGUUUCUUCAAAAUUAAAUGUUGUGUCAUGAAAAAUUAAGAAGGAAUUUUGAGUCUUUGACUCAUCAACCACAUUUUUUUAUUAAAAGUGAGGACACUAUACAUUAGUUAGAGUGGUCACAUAAGCUAUUCUUGAAGGGCUUUCACAAUAUAAAGACAAUCUGUAUGCAUAAGUGAGUCUAAGCCAGACGCAUUUGCAAAUUCCAAAGCAACUAAGAUAGCUUGUGCUUCUACCACAAUUGUUGAUGAGCAGAUUAGGGUAGCAGCCCUGCCGUCAACAAUCUGUCCAUGGUAGUUGGUGACCACAUCCCCAUAUGCCGCCAUAUGAGAAGGAUCUCAGAAUGAUCCAUCACUUCCGCUAAAAAUUGCUUGGCGGUGCCACAAAUGUUGAGCGGGAUACCUUAGGCUGGCUAGGUGAUUAAUUUGAUUUAUCGUAAUAUAACGUUUGAUAUUUC